AUGGGGAAAGACUACUACAAGAUCUUAGGCAUUCAGAAAGGGGCGGCCGAGGAGGACAUCAAGAAGGCGUACAGAAAGCAGGCUCUGAAGUGGCACCCCGACAAGAACAAGGCUGCCAACGCAGAGGAGAAAUUCAAGGAGAUCGCCGAGGCAUAUGAGGUGCUCAGCGACCCCAAGAAGAGGGAGAUAUAUGACCAGUAUGGGGAAGAAGGUCUGAAGGGAGGAGGAGGCCCCGCGGAUGGCCAGGGGGGCAGCUACACCUACACAUUCCACGGGGACCCCCACGCCACCUUCGCCACCUUCUUCGGCGGGGCCAACCCCUUCGAGAUGUUCUUCGGCAGGAAGGCAGCCAGCGGGCGGGAUGACGAGGACAUGGAGGUGGACGGCGAACCCUUCGGAUCCUUCAGCAGCUUCAGCCUGAACGGCUUCCCCCGCGAGCGGCACGCCGGUGCCGGGCCGCCCCACCGCAAGCAGGACCCCGCCAUCCACCACGAACUGCGCGUCUCCCUGGAGGAGAUCUUCCAUGGCUGCACCAAACGCAUGAAGAUCUCUCGCAAGCGGCUGAACCCUGACGGCCGGACCGUGCGCACAGAGGACAAGAUCCUCACCAUCAAGAUCAAGCGCGGCUGGAAAGAGGGAACCAAGAUCACGUUCCCCCGGGAGGGCGACGAGUCGCCCAACACCAUCCCAGCUGACAUCGUCUUCAUCAUCAAGGACAAACCACACGCGCACUUCCGCAGAGAGGGAUCCAACAUCGUGUACCCGGUGCGGAUCAGCCUGCGACAGUCCCUGUGUGGCUGUUCAGUAACCGUGUCGACGAUAGACGGCAAAACGUGCAACAUGAAGAUAACAGACGUUAUCAAACCGGGCAUGAGGAGGACCAUGACGGGCCAAGGACUCCCCCUUCCCAAAAACCCGGAGCAGAGGGGCGACCUGGUGGUCGAGUUCGACGUCGAUUUCCCAGAGAACCUGACAGCUACAGAGAAGGAUGUUCUGAAACGGCAUUUACCGGCGUCGUAAGGAGGGGGCUGGAUGGAUGGACUGGUGCCGCCACACGGCCCAUGGACAGACGGUCACCCCCAGCACCCUCACAAAGAAUCUGCAAUUUAUAUUUUUAUCUAUAUGGUGUUUAUUUUUAAAAAAUUUCCUUGCAUGCUGAACAAGUCUUGGAAGUGUCAGUAAAUGUUUUCAUGUCCGGAAGUAAAAGCUCCACGUGAUCUUUCUUUA